AAGGGGAAAGGGCGGAAGUAGGAACCAGGAAAUACAUAUCCAUAAGGGAACUGAGGGGUACAAAACCAUAAGGGAACUGAAGGGUACAAACAUUGGGUACAGAACAUGGGUUUCAAUACAACAAGGUCGGUUAACAUUGUAGCUUUUGGCAAUGAAAGAGAUGGUUUUUCUGAGGACAAUCAGCAGCCCAGCCUGAUCUGGAGCUACCUCAGGAGAAGUGUCCUCAUUUCCCAGAUCGACAGCAGCUUGUCUGCCAGUCAUGUUGGAAACCCAGUUUUUACUGAGUAUCAAGCCUGCGUAUUUGGAAAUGUCAGACUGGUGGUACACGACUGUCCUGUCUGGGAUAUAUUUGACAGUGACUGGUAUACUUCCUGCAGGCUCAUUGGAGGAGCUGAUAUUAUUGUGAUUAAAUACUCUGUCAAUGAUAAGACUUCAUUUCAGGAACUAAAGGACAGCUAUGUGCCAAUGGUAAAAAAAGCACUAAAUCACUGCUCAGUUCCAGUAAUAAUUUCUGCUAUUGGUGCAAGAAAAGAUGGAGUGCCUUGCACCUGUCCCCUCUGCACUUCAGAUAGAAGGAGCUGUGUCAUAACCUCUGAAGGAGUUCAGCUUGCAAAGGAACUCGGAGCCACUUACCUUGAACUGCACACUCUUAAUGACUUCUACAUACAGAAAUACUUUGGAGGAGUGCUGGAAUAUUUUAUGAUCCAAAGUUUGAAUCAGAAGUCAUCUGAAAAAAUGAAGAAAAGGAAGAAGACACAGAAGAGCCAUCGAGUCCAACCACCUCAGCUUGAACAGCCAGAAAAGAUGCCAAUCCUGAAGGGUGAAGCCUCGCACUACAACACAGACCUGCACAACCUGCUCUGCUGCUGCCAGUGUGCAGACGUGGCCUUCUAUCCCGAGGACCUCAGCACUGCGGUGGAGGCCCACAAGGUCAUCCUCUGCUCUGCCAGCCAGCUCUUUAUGCUGCUGUUCGGGGUGAGGAGCCCGUACGGCGCCCAGGACGCCUCCACGGUGCAGCUGGCGCGGAGCCUCUUCGCCGUGCAGACCGGGGACCCCUGCCCCUCCUUGCCCCCCGGGGUCCCACCCUGCGCUGCUCCCGUCAGGGUGCUGGUGAAGGAUUCUGCCUUCUGCUCCUGCCUCCCAGACAUCCUCCACUUCAUCUAUUCAGGUGCUUUCCAGUGGGAACGAUUAGAAGAGGACAUAAAAAAGAAGUUGAAGGAUCCAGAAAAAAUAGAACAUGUGCUUGAGAAAGUUAAAUGCAUCCUGAAAACUCCAGGGAAGCUAAACACUGUAAAGGACUGCAAGUCUCACCAGAUAAAACGGCUCUAUAACACUUCCCUCAGGCUAUUCUUUAACACACCUGUGCUAGCUGAUGUAAUCUUCAAAAUACAAGGUACAACUGUACCAGCCCACAGGGCCGUUCUGGUGGCCCGCUGCAAGGUUAUGGCAGCUAUGUUCAAUGGUAAUUACCUAGAAGCAAAUAGCAUUCUGGUUCCAGUGUACGGGGUUUCCAAAGACACUUUCCUGUCCUUCCUGGAAUAUCUUUACACUGACUCCUGCUGCCCAGCCAGUAUUCUCCAAGCGAUGUCUCUGCUGAUCUGUGCAGAGAUGUACCAAGUAAUGAGACUCCAGCAUAUUUGUGAACUUUACAUCAUCACGCAGCUUCAGAGCAUGCCUAGCAGGGAACUGGCUUCCACAAGCCUCAGUAUUGUUAGCUUGCUCAAAAAAGCUAAGUUUCACAAUUCUGACUGCCUUUCAACUUGGCUUCUUCAUUUUAUUGCCACUAACUACCUCAUCUUCAGUCAAAAGCCUGAAUUUCAAGAACUUUCAGUGGAAGAGCGCAAUUUUGUAGAGAUGCACCGAUGGCCUUCAAACUUGUAUCUGAAGCAGCUUGCUGAUUACAGGAACUAUAUCCACUCUCAGAAAUGCCACUGCACAGUAAUGUAAAGAGAUUGAAUACAGACAAAGUGCAUCUCAAUUGCAAAAUUUCAGGUUGGGGAUUAUACAGAAUAUAAAAACUGUGUCAAGAGUGAAACCUGAUGCUGUCCUCCUCUGGAAAUUACAGACAUUCUUUGUUUUGCUGACAAAUAAUUCUAAUUUUUACCUUGAAACAUUGAGAAAUGUAUGUUGAAGAUUUAUUUUAAGCACAAGGACUUCAUAUUCAUGGGGAUUAAAUGUAUUAUAGGACAGUGUCACGACUGGCAUCUGUUCCCCCUUCUAAUUUCCUUUUUGUUUAUUUCAUUGUUUUUCAUGGUUAUUUGUGGCUGCUAAACUGAAUCUGUUGAAAAUAGACUGGUUUUGUAAAUAUGUGUGUAAUAGAAGCAUAGGAGUACAGUAGCAUAGGAGUACAGUAGCAGUGUAGGGAAGCUGAGAAGCCAGGUCAUAAGUUCUUCAUACACUUCAGGAUGCAAAAAUUUUCUGCAGGAUUUGUUAUUUCACAAUACAAUGGGUAAGCUUCAGAAGCAUUGUAGUAACUAUUAAUUUAUUACUUCAGAGAAAGCCUGUAGUGCUGUUAUUUUAAUUCCAGAGGAAUGCCUAUGCAUUGCUGUAUUCUCUAGUGCCUCCCAAAUAUCUAAAAAAUAUCAACAUUUUUCCUGCCAGUAAGUAGGAGAAGAAAGCCUGUUUUAUCAGGUAGAACACCUUUGCUAGUGUGGUCAUAUUGUCGUUUCCCUCAUGAGGAAUAAAGAGAGGGAAAACUACACGUGCUCAGAGCAUAUUUGCAUGGUACUAAUGGACAGGGAAGAAAGGCAGUGAAGUCAACAGCCUUUCAUGAGGUUUGGGCAAUAAACUCACUAGCAGAAGUGGCUUUAUUGGGAAAAUUGUGUCUUGUAAUCUUAGGUCCCCACAACAGCUGGCAGCAUAAAUGUUAGAUGAGCUGGUCAUGGAGGAGACAACCCCCACAGAUUUGCCAGUGCUGCCAGGGAUGUUGGCUUUUGUGGUGGGACUUUAGCUCAAACCUCCCCAGCAAGGACUCAGUUCAAGUUUAGUUAUCAUUAUGUGAGACAAACCUAGCUGUGGAUCCUUUCUGAGAUAAAGAGAAAAACCCAGAAUAUUAUGACUGGCAUGAUCCAUACAGAUGCUAUUUAGCAUUUUCUUGACCAAAAUAACUUGUCAUGCUGCUGACAUGUGUGCACAUAUUUAUGUGUUAAUGCCAAAAUGAACCCAGACUUUACCUGAGCAUAGGUGCUUUUCUAGAAGCAAAAUUAAUCGAGGAACAAAAUGCCUCAUUAUUCUUGUACUUUCAACUCUGCUUUUUCAUCUGCCUUUGCAUUUUGGCAAGUAGACUGAGAUUGUGGCAUUUCAACCACAUCAAGUGUGCCUGGAAACUGCACUUGGGAGAAGAAGGUGGAAAAACAAGU